AUGGCCGAUGGCAUGCGCUUCUCUGAAAUGUUCUACAUCCUCGUUGCGCUUCUAUCAUUGACUCUCCUGGCUCACGCCAACACAUCCGCUGACUCCCCAUCGCAUGACUACAUUCUACACGAAAAAAGGUCCUUCAUUCCAUCUGGGUGGUCCCUGGUUCGCAGGCAGCAAAGCGCGGCACUCAUACCUUUGAAGUUUGGACUAAAGCAAUCGAACCUAGACAGGCUGGAGGAAUUUCUGAAUGAUGUUUCUCACCCGGACUCUCGAAACUACGGAAAUCACUGGACACAGGCAAAAAUCGCAGAGACAUUCGCUCCCAGCAAUCAUAGUAUCAAUGCAGCGCGAAAAUGGCUUACGAAUGAAGGAUUUGACGCCUCCCGGAUUCGCUUAUCCUCGUCGAAAUCAUGGUUGCAAGUCAAUGCUACAGUGGGAGAAGCGGAGCGUUUGUUAAAGACAAAAUACCAUGUCUAUGAGCACAGAGAUGGGACGCAACAUAUCGCGUGCCUGGACUAUCAUCUUCCGGCCGGUGUGGCGUCCCACGUUGAGAUCGUGACGCCAUCUAUUCACUUUGAUGUAAUGGUGAAGAGGCGCGGUCCCUCCAGCCUCUCAGCAAAAAAUAUAGGUCACCCGGGGGUAGGUAUCACCCCUAAAACUACAGGAGUAAUCGACAAUAUAGCGUUUGACUUGAGAAAUUGCGAUCAAGUAAUCACGCCAAUCUGCCUGAGAGCAUUAUACGGCCUUGUAUAUGAACCCCUUUCCGCUCACAAGAACUCUUUUGGGAUCGUCGAGUAUACUCCUCAAGCUUAUGUCCAAUCUGACCUCGACAAGUUCCACUCCAACUUCUCUUCUGCUCUGGUGGGCAAGCAGCCCAAGUUGGUGUCGAUAGAUGGAGGUAUCGUUCAGACUAUUCAAGGAGGGUUUGAUUAUAACGGAGAGGCGAAUCUGGAUUUGCAGUACGCUAUGAACCUGGUCAACCUUGUAGGCUCAAAGCAAGAGGUUACUCUCUACCAAGUUGGAGAUAUACCUCUAGGAGCUUCAUUUAACAACUUGAUCGAUGCCUUGGAUGGCACAUAUUGUACUUUCGAGGACGGGGAUGACCCCACUCAAGACCCAAUUUACCCUGAUGAUUAUCCAAACGGCUAUCAGGGUCCUGCCAAUUGUGGUACCGUCAAACCUGCAAAUGUCAUCUCGACAUCAUACGGGUACAACGAGGCUGAUCUCUCUCCCUUCUACGCUGCCCGUCAAUGCGCUGAAUAUGGGAAGCUCGGUCUGAUGGGUGUCACAGUCCUCUUUUCUUCUGGUGACAACGGCGUUGCUGGAAACAGUGACCUAUGCCUCGAAGACGAUGGAUCACAAACGGAAGAAGGCCCCAUUUUCAACCCCAGCUUUCCAUCUAGCUGUCCGUAUGUCACUUCCGUUGGGGCAACUCAGGUCAAUCCAGGUGCAACGGUUACAGAACGCGAAAGCGCCUGCGAAGAAGUGAUAGCCAGUGGCGGUGGAUUCAGCAACUACUUCGCUAUGCCCAUGUACCAAAAGAACGCAUUAGACAAUUAUUUCAGGGAUCACAGACCCACUUACUCAGGUGACAUCUGGAACUCGACAGGAAACAGUCGUGCUUAUCCUGAUAUCGCAGCAAAUGGGGCAAAUUAUGCUGUUGUGGUCGACGGCAGAUACACUAGAUUGUUCGGUACUUCAGCCGCCGCUCCUGUUGUCGGUGCCAUUCUUACCAUGAUCAACGACGCCCGCAUCACCGUCGGGAAGAAACCCAUCGGGUUCAUAAACCCUGCCAUCUACUCUAAUUCAUUCUCGGACGCGUUCAACGAUAUAACGUCGGGGAAAAAUAGCGGCUGUGGAACCGAUGGUUACUCGGCAGUUCCUGGGUGGGACCCAGUGACUGGCCUUGGAACGCCAUCCUUCCCAAAGUUGGUUGCGAGGUGGCUUCUGCUACCGUGA